UUAUGUCUGGUGCUGAUCGUUUUGCUGCAGUUGUGUCAAGUGCCAGUGUGAUUGGUGAAGAUGAUGGGUGCUCCACCUCCGCCAAUGGGCCUGGGACCGGGUGCUCCUGGCGAUCCUGUCCCAACAGAUCAGACCGGUGUCUGUUUCCGGGAUCAGAUCUGGUUAUCAACGUUCCCGUUGAUCCGCGCCUCAGUGCUGGACUACUUCGCCCUCUCACCCUUCUAUGACGGCAACUGCAACAACCAGCUGCUGCGAAAUUCAGGGAAAGAUCCAGCGCUGCUCUCGACGAUGACUACGGGGUUCGAGUAUGUUGUACGUGAUGCUAUCGAGCCUCACCUGUUCAUAAUUCGGAAGCAAGUGCGAGGUCGCAACCCCGAGGUUGUGACACCGAUUGCAGCCUACUAUGUUCUUGAUGGUUCGAUCUACCAAGCGCCCAGCCUUCAUGCUGUGAUCGGUUCUCGUUUGGCGAGGGCUUUGCACCACAUUCGAGGUGCCUUCACUGAGGUUGCCACGAAACUGGAUCGUACCUUGUCAGAUCUGGAGGCUAAGGAAGGGGACUCGAAAGGCGAGGGUGAUGAAAAGAAGGCGGAUGAUUCCAAAGAUUCCUCUGCUAAGAGACUUCUGGAUAUCAGAGAAGUGCUGAGGAAUGACCAAAUCAUUGCUUCUGUGUUUCAAAAGCUUCCACAGGCACCUCCUCCUCCCCCCUUGCCCGCAUUUCUUGUACGGCCGCCUCCGCAGGCCCCUGUUGAGGGGUCACAGGACCAAACAACUGAAAAGCAGCAAGGACCAAGUGCUGCUAGUGGUUCUGGUGCCCCUGCCAUGUCCGGGGGUGGUAAGGAUGCGGGGGGCGCUAACAAACAGCGGAACAAAGGGGGAGAGGGUGCAGUGUCUGCGCCCCCCGAUCAAGGGCCCGCUAAGCGGGCCAGAACAUCAGUAGCCUAAGUGACCCUUCAGGAGGCAAGUGUGCAAAACCUGGAAAAUGCUGCGCGCUUAAUGGUCUCUGCUGUCCAAGCUGCCAGCAGGAGAAUACGGGCCUCCUCCUUCCACCACUCACCAAACACCAAGUUUGGUGAGUGUGUGCCAGUCUACCACCUCACCAAGGCCGCCCUGUCAGAUGGCCGGGUUUCUUUGCAGCGAAUGGGCUGCGGAGAGUGCUCACCAUGGUGACCAAGGUUAUCCCCGCUGGCAACAGUGGGGUUGUGGUGCCUCCUCUCGAGGGCUUACCAAACUGGCGAGUCUGCAUCUGCCUGCACACCCUCCCAACUAACCGAAGGGGCACGGCCUUGUGGUGAGAGUGUGAGUUUGGUGAGUUCGGUGGAGCGAGGCAAGAAUUCAUGGUGGUGAGCGCUCACCGUGGCAAAAUCUGUUUGGUGAGUGGUGGGGCAAGGCCCUUUGUGCUGGUCUUUUCCUGUCCUGUGGGAGUCCUCAUGUGCAAUUUGACUCAAAAUUUGGGAGGAGCCGUGUCGGCACACGGUUCAUGUAUGGUCGGCCUAACUAUGGAGGGUCCUGUCCUCAGGUGCAUUGUUGUCAGAGGGGGUACAAUGCUGGGGGUCCAAACUCUGAGUGAGGGAGGACUAUAAAGUUUAAACUACAAAACUGCAACCCCCCAAUAAGGGUGGUGGAGGGGUUGCAGUUUGUAGCCCGCCCAUUGUGCAGCUCUUUUUUUUUAUCCUUACCUUGCACCGGACGGAAGAGCUUCGUUGACAAUCCCAAUGGGAUGCGCCACUUGCCGCCUUUCCACUGGAUGAGGCCUUGCUCGUUGCAGCAAAAAAUGCAUGGACAUUUGUGCAAGCAGAGGGAGAGGGGUUCUUCCUCUUCGUGGGCAGUAAGGUGUUUGGCCAAAAGUGGGACUUGCUGAUACUGGUGUUGUUGGUGGCGAUAACAACUGGAGAGGGGUUUCAGAAGGCUGCACAGAGACACUGCAUUCUCAGUAAACGCAUUGAGAGUCU